GUGUUCCCGGGCACGCUGUAUCGACGAUAGGGCAGCUGCUCUGUGUUCAAAGUAGCAUACUCACAGUGUACCACUAGCUUUCGUCCGUCGGACGACGUCCCGCUGCAUCUUGACGACCGAGGAGGAGGUUCCGUCCCCCCAACUUUCUCAUUCGAGAUGUUUUGAGAGCAAUUUAACUUGGACUCCGGUCGGUCGCCCGAAGGGUGGGCCGCCGCGGGUCGGCGGAAUAAGAGCGGUGUCGCGCGAUGCGCGAAUCCGCCGUGGAGUCAUCGCCACGUGACCGGGCGAAUUAUUAGCGGAGCGACGUGAUCGGUUUUCCCCGACACACGUCUGCCCCGUCGGCCGGCUCCUCGACGACCAAGGUCGCCGCGCGGUUAUGCUGGUGGCGUCGCUGCAGGUGGCCGCCAGCAAAUGCUGUCAUGCUGCUGCCAUGCCAGCCGGCGGCCCGGAGCCGGCCGCUGGUCGCGAGGACUCCGAUCGGACCCAAGCGUCCUGCUUGCCGCUCCUGCGUAGGACUCGCCCUGUUGAUCGCCCUGCUAAGCCUGACCGGCGACGGCCGCGCCGCCUCUCAGCCUACGACCCGCUACGCUUCGCGUAUCGUCGAGACGAAGAGCGGACAGAUACGUGGAAUACUUCAGGAACUGAACAGCCGGCACUUGGACCCCGUGGAAGUGUUUCGCGGUAUACCUUACGCCGCGCCCCCGGUGGGAGACUUAAGAUUUCGCGCCCCGAUCUCGCCGAUACCCUGGAACAGCGUCAAGCUGGCGGACACCUUCGGCGCGGUGUGUCCGCAAAACUAUCCGGACAUCGCCAAUGACACCGCGGCGCUCUUGCAGAUGCCGCUCGGCAGGUAUCAGCAGCUUAAGAAGAUGAUCGCCUUCUUGACGAAUCAGAGCGAGGACUGCCUUUUUCUCAACUUGUAUAUACCCGGAAGCGGAUCUCGAGGACUGGAGGCGCCGUACGCGGUGAUGGUGUACGUUCACGGUGAAAGUUUCGAAUGGGGAUCGGGUAACUUGUACGACGGAUCGGUCCUGGCGAGCGCCGGCCACGUCAUAGUGAUCACGCUCAACUAUCGUCUCGGCAUCUUAGGAUUCCUGAGGACCCGUCCGUUCCCCGACAGGACCAGCGGAUCCGGCGGGAAUCUGGCGUUGAAGGACAUCACGAUGGCACUCCGCUGGGUGCGCGAAAACAUCGGCGCCUUCGGCGGCGAUCCAACGCGGAUUACUAUAAUGGGCCAUGAUACCGGAGCCGCGCUGGUGAAUCUGCUGUUGCUCGCGCCCUACAGCAAAGGAUUAUUUCACCGAGUGGUGCUGUCGAGCGGCUCGGCGCUAAGUCCUUGGGCCUCGGUACACGAUCCGAACGAUCUCAGGACGAAGAUCGGCGAGCAAAUAGGCUGCUCUACCGAAGGUGAUGAGGAUAUCGCCGACUGCCUUCGAGGAGUGCCACUGGAGGCCCUAAUGGACGUGCAGCUUCCGGAGAUCAGAUUCGUGCCGCGCGUAGGACCGGGUUUGCCGGUGGACCAAAAUAAUCCCGACCCGGGCAUGGACAUGGAGCGGGCGAGCGACGCAUUCAUCAAGGUGCCGCUGAUCCUGGGCGUCUCCACGACCGAGUCGAACCUCGAUUUCAACGCCAACGACAUUCAGUUCGGUUUCGAGGAGGAUCACCGGAACCGUAUUCUGCGCACCUUCAUCCGCAACGCCUACGUCUACCAUCUGAACGAGAUCUUCUCGGCGGUGAGGAACGAGUACACGGACUGGGAUAAGCCGGUGCUUCAUCCCAUCAUAAUAAGGGACUCGACGAUGGAGGCGUUGAGCGAUGGCCACACGGUAGCGCCGCUCAUGAGAAUCGCCUUCUAUCACGCGAGAAGGGGCGCCAAGACGUACUUCUAUCACUUCAAUCAUCAGUCCAAGGACAGCGGUUAUCUGCAGCGACUGGGGAGCGUGCGUGGCGAGGACAUACCGUACAUUUUCGGGCUGCCGUUGGUGGCAGGCGGGGCUUUCUUCCCGCGGAAUUAUUCCCGACAAGAUCAGGGCGUUGCGGAGGCCGUCCUCACCUUCUUCACCAAUUUCGCCAAGACCGGCAACCCGAACGAGCCGCACAAGAUCGAAUCGGUCGACUACGGCACACCGAAGGAGAAGACGCGAUUCCGCGGUCUCACGUGGGAACAAUACGAGACAGGCUCUCAGCAGUAUCUCACGAUAGCGUUGAAGCCCAAAAUGAAGAGCCACUAUCGCGGCCACAAAAUGGCGGUGUGGCUUAAUCUGAUACCGCAGCUGCAUCGUCCCGGCGACGACGACGUUUCCAUGCGGCAUCACCACUUCAGGGAACGCGGUGACCACUAUUACGCAGGCCCGGUGCGAGACGAAUGGUACACGCCGCUGCCGCUGACAGGCACGACCCGGACGAGCGCAUCCUCGACCACCGCUUGCAGCACGUCGACGGGCGACGAGAGCCUCGCCGAGGACAUCACGCCGAUCCUGGACGACUCCGAGGACGACGCCGAGCUGCUGCAGCGGCUGGCCUCGCGCCACUACUACAGCACCACAACUGCCCUGGCGAUCACCGUCGGCGUCGGUUGCGUCCUCCUUGUGCUGAACAUGCUGAUCUUCGCCGGGAUCUAUUACCAACGGGACCGGGACAAGAAACGCGCCGCCAUGGACUGCAGGCCGAACGGCCAGGAAUCAUUACCGCUGACCACCAGGUCGUCCAUCAAGUCAGCGGAGAACCCGAAACCGGCGCAGGAACCCCCGCCGUCGUACACGACCUUGGCGAGGAGCCCGUCGCUCCAGGAGCAGCAGCAGCAGUUCGCGCAGGAGGUUCAGGACAACGGCGAGCAGUCGCGGAAAGAGAUGCGCCACGGGACCACCAUCCACAAGGACCCGGUGCCGCCGAAGCCGCCCGCUCGCACCACCAGCUCACUCAGCACCUCCAACACCACCAACACCAUCAAGAAGCGCGUGCAGAUACAAGAGAUAUCCGUAUAGCAUUAGGGGUUGCCCCCGGAGGGCAACAACUCGCGGACGAAGCGGGUGACCUUCGUGGACGCGCGGGCCACCGCCGAGUCCAGGUUCUGAUCGCGACGGUCAGCUGGAAUUUUCGGUCCGGCGCGGGACUUCCUCCGCGAGGUGCGUCGUGUAUCGCACGAACUGACGAGUCGACCUGAUGACGACGGAACGCUGACGCAGCAGCCGCUCGCUAGCGAGAACGAUAGUCUACGGUAGGUGCAGCAAGUCUUUCGCUCUCAGCGAAACGGAAUGUAACGUAACAAAAGCGCUGUGAUAACGCUUAACCUAAGUUGGCAGCACCCUAAGGCUCGCGUUGCAUCCCCUUUGUCUGACGAGGUCAGAAGCGAGGAAGGGGUGCAAAAUUCCUGCGAAAUACGUUGAAAUGAAAAUAUCUGUCCGUAAAACGACUGCGGUCGAUCGCAUGCAGAUUUGUAAGACAAUUAAGAAAAACUUCCCUUUUAAUUUCAUUUAUUCAUUCAUUCCCGCUUAACGUGAAGAAGAAGACCUUUUGGUAUCAGGACGGAGGAGAAGUUACACGAAAGAAUACAAAAUAUAAAAACUAAGACGUCCUAAAACGUUUCAAGAACGUCUUUGAGACGUCUUUUAGACAUAAUAGACUCUUACUUCAAUGUUUUCCGCAAGAAUUUUCGGGCGUGCGUUUCCUCGCUUCUGACGUCAUUAAUCAAGAUAGCUGCGGCGAGCAGACGGGAGCCUUAGGAACUGCGACGUCUGGUAACACCGGUGACGUUUUUGAAAUUACGUUACAAUUCAGAGCAAAAGGCUUUGCUGCAACUAUUGUAGAUACGGACUUGACGCGCAGCACAGCGCCGGCCAUGUGGCUGACCGUAACGCGUCCACGCCACUGGUCUGAACUGCCGAGCCGGCUUACCGUGUCCGACCGUUACUACUUAAGAGACAUUGUGGAUGGUUCUUUCUACCGAUAAAAACGUAAGAUUGCACGUGACUGUUGCCGCUGAUCCAAGACGUGGAUUGUACGUAGUCGUUACUUAUAAGAUCGUCGGUUUUCGGGGAGGGGGGACUCAUACGUUAAUAAAACACGCUACACCGGACGUGUUCGAGAUGCCUCCCUAUUCUUCAUUCGGGGAUCAUUAUUGCGGGGACAUAUCGAAGGUAUCGAUGCUGCGGCGUCUCUCAGCCGUUUCAUCCGCCGCUGCUACAGUUCUCUUGUGAGGACGGCGGAAAAUUGGUGGCCUUAAGUAUUGUUACGGCACGUGAAGAAGAAAAGAGGGAAGAGAAGAGGCAUCUCGAUUCGUCUUCGACGGCGCGAAGAAAGGCGCACAGUGGGACGAGUUUGCUAUUUCUUUUUGCUUUUUCUUCAAUAUUCAAUAUCUCCGUAAAUAGAUUUUGACAAUGGGUAUAAUGAACAUUGAUGUGUGCUAAAAUAAUAUCUUUUUUGGUUUACUUUCGAUAGAAUGAAUCUUAUAUCUUGAUAACAUGUAACGUUUAAUAACGCAAAAUUUUCAGUUUCCUCUUUUCUUCAGAGAAUUUCAUUAUUUAAAAUCAAAUACCUCUGGUAAAAAGAAUAUGUAACAUAUAUAAUAUUAGCGUAUUAUGAAAUCUUACUUUUAACCCAGUGAGACAGCAAAAAAUUAUUAAUGGAAAACUUUUGCAACGAUAUUUAAUAACUUGUAACAUUUUUUUAAUACACAACCUUGUAUCAACGUCAUUACGAUAACUUCAGCACUUCGAUAUUUCUAAAACACUUUUACAAUAUUCGAUCUAUCAUGUUAUUUGGUAAUGUUUUUGAAAUAUUUUUAGAAUAUCAAUUAAAAGCGUUCAAGAGAUACGCAAAAUCAACAUUUCAAGAUGUUGAUUUAACGUUCUUUGUUUACUGGGAAUCUAACAAGAGAUUUAAAGCAUUUGGUUACCUUGGGAACAUUGGCAUUUUAUGGUAAAAUUAUCGUCUAAUAAUCUAUAAUAUGUACUCUUCCGAGAUUAUUCCAUUUCAAGUGGUUUUAGUAA